UCAACCCCAUGGCGCAGAACCUUCUCCGCCUCCGGCGAAGCCUAAGCAGCAGCCUCGUCGCAAAUUUCCACCGCUCUCUAUCGUCCACCUCCGCACUCUCCUCUGUCCCACGCUCCUCUUCCCCUUCCCCUUCCUCCUCCUCCCCCGCCGUUGUUCAAUCUCUCCAAUUCCGAUUCCAAUCUCGAUCAUUCAGGUCGUCCUCCUUCUCUUCUGCACGGCCGCCUUACGGUAGCAACAACCAAAAUGACGAGAUUGGCCCCGACACCAUACUCUUCGAAGGCUGCGAUUACAACCACUGGCUCAUCGUCAUGGAUUUCCCCAGAGAUAACAAGCCUUCUCCCGAAGAGAUGGUCAGAACUUAUGAGGAAACCUGUGCCAGAGGCUUGAAUAUCAGUGUGUAAGAGGCAAAAAAGAAA